AUGGGACCUCACGACCACGGGCACCUUCAUCGGGAGAACCACUCACGAGAGCACCACCUAAGAGCACCGAAUCCUGAGCACCAGACCCCUGCACACCACCCUGGUUUCCCUCUUCACGGUUCCCUCUCCGGACCGGGAGAAACCCCCACGGACUUCGGCACUCACGGGCACCGGCUCCUCGUACACCACCCCUGGGACCCUCUUCCUUGGACCCCGGCACGAAGACUCCACUCCUCCCCCUCCACGGUCAUCAUCCCUGCACCGGAUCCCAUCACUGGGUUAAACCCCUUUUCCCCUCAUAAUCAUCUGGCCAAAAAGAUGGAUCCCACGAACCCCAGCACCAUUAAAGAAGCCCUAAAAGCCCAAGGAGUCCUUCUGGGGAAACACGACCAGCUCCUCCAAGGUUUGACGGACGCUCUCCAAAGCCUGACGCACAACGUACAGGGGAUUGCUUCACGCCUUGACGGCCUGGCCAACCCCAGCUCCGGAACUCCAACCGAACCCUCUGUGAGUACUCCAUCUCAGGCCGCUUCCUCUUCCUCUUCGCUUCCCAGCCGCGAGCCUAAGGUCCCCACUCCCGAGCCUUACGCCGGAGAGCCAGGUUCUUGUGAAGAGCUUAAAGACGAGUUAGCAUCUCGAGACAUGCCUGACACUCUAGAGGCACUCAUUUCAUUAGCAAUUAAGAUCGAUAAUCGUUUACGGGAGCGAAGAAGAGAAAAAGCGACUAGGGCCAGGAGACUCACCUUUUCCCCCAAACCUGCAGUUGUGCCGAAUCACAGCCCGGACCGGACGUCGCCUGUCGCAGCAGAAGAGCCGAUGCAGUUAGGCCGGACUCACCUAACCCCCGAGGAAAGAGAACGGAGGAUGCAAGGCUCUCUGUGCUUGUACUGCGGACAAGCAGGACACUACGCAGUGAAAUGUCCGGUUAAACCAUAUCGAGCCCUCAUGAAGUCACGCAUUCAAGCACUCCAGUUGGGCACACAGUGGACAGCAAUGAGUCUGUGGGGGGUUUGUGAUUUGGUCUCAGCAUAG